AUGGCCCCGAAGCGCAAGGCUGCUGCGAUCGAGUCGGAGACGACCAAGGCCGAAGAGCUCAAGAAGGAGCUGGCGCAGAUGGACGUGACCAAGCCCAAGUCGAGCUACAUCAACAAGCAGCGCGUGCUCGUCUUUGCGUCGCGUGGCAUCACGACCCGGUACCGCCACUUCCUCGACGACCUCCGCAAGCUUUUGCCGCACCACAAGAAGGACGUCAAGCUCGAUGCCAAGGACACGCUCCACGUCGUCAACGAGAUCGCCGAGAUCAAGGGCUGCAACACGACCAUCUUCCUCGAAGCGCGCAAGCGCCAGGACCUCUACAUGUGGGUGAGCCGCACGCCGACGGGUCCGUCCGCCAAGUUCCUCGUCCAGAACGUGCACACGAUGGACGAGCUCAAGAUGACGGGCAACGCGCUCAUUGGGUCGCGCCCGCUCCUGACGUUCGAUGCCGCCUUUGACGACGUCGCCCACCUCAAGCUCCUCAAGAACAUGUUCAUCCAGGUGUGGGGCACGCCCAAGGGCCACCCCAAGUCCAAGCCGUUCAUUGACCGUGUCAUGAGCUUCUACUACGCCGACAACAAGAUCUGGUGCCGCAACUACCAGCUCGCGGACGAAGCCGACACGAAGAAGCUCGAGCAGGCUGCCGUCCACCGCGGCGAGGAGCUCACGAACCUCGUCGAGAUUGGCCCCCGCUUUGUGCUCUCGCCCAUCCGCAUCUUUGACGGCAGCUUUGGUGGCGUCACCUUGUACCAGAACCCGCACUACGUCGCCCCCAACGAGGUGCGCAAGAACGCGCACUUGGACAAGCGCGACCGGUACGUCACGCGCAAGCUUGCGCAGGACUCGCGCGCGAGCCGCAACGAGCUCAACGUGAUGCCCGAGGAUCAAUUCGCCGACGUCUUUGCGGGCGCGUCGAGCCCCUAA